UUUUUACAAUUCGACCCCUCUUCUUCGUCCCCCUCUCUCUCUCUCUCUCUCUCUCUCUCUCUGUCUCGCGAUCUCGAUCUCGAUCUCGAAGCGAAAGCAUGGUGUGCGAAAAGUGCGAGAAGAAGCUCUCGAAGGUGAUCGUGCCCGAUAAGUGGAAGGAGGGCGCGAGCAACACAACAGAGGGCGGGGGACGCAAGAUCAACGAGAACAAGCUCCUCUCCAAGAAGAAUCGAUGGACACCAUAUGGUAACACCAAAUGCAUAAUUUGCAAACAACAAGUGCACCAAGAUGCCAAGUAUUGCCACACCUGCGCCUACUCGAAAGGUGUUUGCGCAAUGUGCGGAAAGCAAGUCCUCGACACCAAGUACUACAGGCAAAGCAAUGUAUGAUGAUGAUAUGCGCGGGAAAUGGUCGUCAGUAUCUGCUCCAAACUCUCAAUUAAGAUGCUCUUUUUCUUUCUUUCUUUUUCGCGAGAAGAGUUCGGAUCUUCGUAUGUACUCGUAAUUGCAGAGCCUUGUAAUUGUUCAACAGCUAUUGAGGUUGAGGCUUCCUCAACUCUUUGUAGCCUGUGGGAUUUGCUUCAGUGGGGUUUUAUAUACAUAUAUAUAGAACUAGUUAAACAUCGUUCUCUACUUGUUUAGUUAUCGGAGAUAAACAAUUGUCUCAUAUAGUUUAACAUAA